GGAGACUCCAGCCCACGGGGGAGUGGGAGUGGGAGCGGGAGCCUCCACUGUGGUUGUCUCUUAGUCGCUCUCGACUCGACUAACUCCAUUUUGGAACAACAGCUGUUGGAUGAAGACAAGACAAGACAAGCAGCUUUUCACAAGCUCUUGUUUGCCUGCCGAACGCUGUUUGCUCGUCAUUAACGCCACCGUGCAGCUUUGUCCCAUUUUGUUUUGUUUCAUUGUUUGUUUUUUUCCAAAUAUAUUUCCCCCAUUUUUUUGCUUCCGAGUGGCAGGAAACUUAAGCGUGAAUCCAUGGUGUUAAAUGUCCAUUGUAACAAGUGGAUAAGAGGAGGCGAGCGGAUCAAGGUGUAAUGAGAGCGCUGGUCAUGGACAGAUGAUGGACGUGGAGACGUCGUACUCGGACUUCAUCAACUGUGAUCGUACCGGCCGCAGGAACGCCGUACCCAACAUCGCGGGUGAGGGCAAAGGGGAGGCCAGCGCCAGUGACGUCGCCAAAGACUUGGCAGAGAUGGAUUUAAAGGAUGCAGGCAAGCCCGAGGCAUCUCCAGCCCCCGAGGGCGAGGGCUCUACCAGUCAAGACGCCCAGGGAGGUGGAGGCCCAUCCUAAGCAGGAGGCGGCAGCACAGAGCGGACGGAGAUGGAGACGCCAUGGCACGUUGACGGCUCGUUUGGAGCUGGCUCAGCGCCAAUUGGAUCAGAUGUUAAGACGGCAACCGCCAGUAAGCCUGACUGUCGUUCUAGACGCUUGUCUUCUGCACCAGACUCUGUUUAGUCCCUUCAUAUUCCCUGUGGGACGAGGAGGUGGAGAGACAUUGGAUUUAUGUGAAUCAUUUGAGCGGUCCAAAACAAUUUCCAGCCCAAUGACAAAGAGGGAACUCAUAACCUUGUGUCAUUUUCUUUCUAUAUGUGUGCGUGUGUUUGUAACCCUCUUGACCUGUUUCCUUAUCAAAUCUUGCUCCUUUUUCUCCAACAUCCAACUUAGUCUCCAUUGAACCAUCAUGUAUUUAUUGCUAACUGUUCAGUGAUAACUUUGUGAUAGCGAUUUUCUUUGUGUAAUAAAAAAAAUCUUAUGAAUCCA